UUUCAACGCAAGUUUCCCAAAGAAAAAUGAGCACCAAGGGCAAAUUUAUUAAAUGCAAAGCAGCCAUCGCCUGGGAAACAGGCAAGCCCCUUUCCAUUGAAGAGGUUGAGAUCUUGCCGCCCAGGCGGUCUGUGAUUGCUUUGUAGAUAAUUGCUGCUUCUGUGUGCCAUACUGAUGCCCACGUUAUUGAUCCUAAAUUUAAGGAUGGUCGUCUCCCAGUUAUCCUUGGCCAUGAGGGUGCAGGGAUUGUAGAAAGUAUUGGGCCAGGAGUGACCAACUUCAAACCAGGUGACAAAGUAAUUCCACUCUAUGCAUCUCAAUGUAGAAAAUGCAAGUUUUGUCUGAGUCCACUCACAAAUAUUUGUGGAAAACUCAGAUUACUUAAAAAUCCUGUUGCUGAUCAAGCAGUAAUGGAUGAUGAAACCAGCAGGUUUACCUGCAAAGGAAAACCAGUUUACCAUUUCAUGGGAACCAGUACAUUCACUCAGUACACUGUGGUGUCAGAUGUUAAUCUUGCCAAAAUAGAUGAUGAUGCAAAUUUAGAGAGAGUUUGUCUGAUUGGUUGUGGAUUUGCAACUGGCUAUGGGGCUGCAAUCAACACUGCCAAGGUCACUCCUGGUUCUACCUGUGCGGUCUUUAGCCUGGGAGGCGUGGGGCUUUCUGCUGUAAUGGGUUGUAAAGCAGCAGGCGCUUCCAGAAUCAUAGCUAUUGACAUCAACAGUGAGAAGUUUACAAAAGCCAAAGCCCUGGGAGCCACUGACUGCCUCAAUCCUAGAACCCUACACAAACCCAUCCAGGAUAUCAUCAUUGAGUUGACCGAUGGAGGUGUGGAUUUUGCCUUUGACUGUGUAGGUGAAUCUGAAGUCAUGACAGCUGUCGUGGACUGCACAACAGUAGGCUGGGGGUUAUGUACCUUCAUUGGAGUAGCAGCUGGUGACAAAGGGUUGACCUUCUCUCCAGUGGAGUUAAUAAUGGGCCAGACGCUAAAAGGAACAUACUGUGGUGGUUGGAAAAGUGUGGAUUCUGUUCCAGAGCUGGUUACUGACUACAAAAAUAAGAAAUUCGAUCUGGAUGCAUUGGUGAGCCAUACCCUGCCUUUUGAUAAAAUCAAUGAGGCAUUUGACCUAAUGCACUAAGGAAAAAGCAUCCGAACAAUCCUCACCUUUUGA